AAUAUAUAAAAAACCCCUCAAUUAACCCCCAACUUUUCUUCCCUUCUAGCCAUUGCUCUCGGAAAUCGAGAGCGGCUAAUCGGAAUCAAAUCAAAUUCAAUUUCACAACAAUGCACUCUUCUGUCAUCCUCCGCUUCACCGUCCUCGCUCUCAUCGUCUUCAUCUCCGCCGUCUCCGCACAGCAGCCACUGCCUACAACCCCCGCCCAGCAGCCGCCUACACCCCCCGCCCUCCCCCGCCAUCACGGCGGACACCACCGCGGACGCCACGGCCGCCACCGCCGCAACGCGGCACGUUUCUUCGGCUACCACCGGAGCAGCGACCCGAACUGGGCCACCAACCAGACUCUGGUAUCAAACGAGUUCCUCCACGCGCACAACUGGGUGAGGACGCAGUACAACCUCCCGAACCUCACAUGGGACGAUAAUCUCGCCGGCUACGCGCGGCAGUACCUGACGACGGACCGCUACGACGAUUGCAAGCUGAUCCACUCGAACGCGACGUACGGCGAGAACAUGUUCUGGGGGAAGAAGCUUCACUGGACACCCUCCGAUGCGGUGUACUACUGGUACAUUGAGAAGGAUGCGUUUGAUUUCAACACGCUCAAGUGUGCUCCGGCGUCGAAAAUGUGCGGCCACUUCACGCAGCUUGUGUGGCGUGACACCACGCGCGUUGGGUGUGCGCUUCAGCAUUGUCACGUUGCUGGUACUGGCAUGCUUAUUGCUUGUGAGUAUGACCCUCCGGGUAACUAUGAAAAUGAGAACCCGCUUGAAGUUCAUGCAGAAUAAAUUGAUUAACCCACUCUUUUCAAUUCCAUCUCUACAUUUUCUUUUGAAUUUUAAUUUGCUAUAAUAAUAAUAAUAA